UUUCGUCUUUAUGACAAGUCAACGUCAAUGGAUCACCACUGAUUCACCCCCCUCUCUCUCUCCGUCGAGCAGCUUCAACUGUUAAUGACUUUUCUAAGAUGUGAUUCUCAUCUUGCCAAUCUCAAUCUCUGCAGAAUCAGUCAUGGUUGAAGCAGCAGCUUCUGCCAUAGCAGUCGAAGCCUACAAGGAUGGACGUAGCAUUUUUGGCUACGUCAGUCAAAAAAUUGACUAUGCUGAUGAUUUCAAGGUCAAUUUUGAGAAGAUGAACGAGCAAGCAAAAAUGCUUUAUGCAAGAAGGGAUGAUGUAGAGGCAGAAAUAAACAAAAACAAGAUGAAGAGGGCUACCAAGGAAUGUGAAGGCUGGAUUAACAGGGUCAAGGCAGCCGAACAAGAAGUACUCAAAUUGGAAAGCAAGUACAAGAAAGAGAUCGUGCAUGCUUGGAGAUACGCUCGAUUCUGGUCACGUGCAAAUCUCAGCAAGCAUAUGGCCAAGAAGCGUGAGGAAUUACAAGUCCUGCUAGAAAAAGGAAAGCUUGAUAAUGGGGUGGUAGCUGAAAGAUCCCCGGAGCCCGUGAGAGUCAUAGAUGCUCCUAGCACUGAGGAUAAACCUUCCCUACACUGGGCUGUCGAAGAGAUUUUGGGUAAUCUGAGGGAGAGAAAUAUCAAAAGGAUCGGACUCUGGGGAAUGGUGGGGACUGGGAAAACUACGGUGAUGCAGAACUUGAAUAAUUGUGAAGAGGUUAAGAAAAUGUUUGAUAUUGUCAUUUGGGUAUCAGUGUCGAAGGCGUGGAGCAUUGAGAAGGUGCAAGAUGCAAUCACACAGCGUCUGAAGCUGAAACUCGAAGGCGGAGUCAACGCGGUUGAGACUGCCCAACUAAUAUCAAACGAGUUGGAAGGCAUGAGGUACUUACUUCUCCUUGAUGAAGUUUGGGAUCCUGUUGAUAUACAUGAGAUAGGUAUUCCCAACCAUGACAAGGACAGCAAGGUGGUAUUUGCCAGUAGAUUCCGUGAUUUGUGCUAUGACAUGGAUGCUGACGAGCUUGUCAAUAUGAAGCGUUUAUCCAAUACCGAUGCAUAUAAAAUGUUCGAAGAAAAAGUAGGUCGAACUAUGAAAAAUCCAAGCAUUAUACCUAUAGCACAACUCGUGGUUAGAGAGUGUGCUGGUUUGCCACUGUUAAUCGAUAAAGUGGCGAGGGUUUUUAGAAAGAAGGACAACAUUCACCUAUGGAGAGAUGGAUUGAGGAGCUUGCAGAGAUGGCCCAGUAUCAACAUCCAAGGCAUGGAUGAAGUGCUUGAAUUUCUGAAGUUCUGUUACGAGGAUUUAGAUGGGGAGGAUAAAAAGGUUUGCUUUCUUUAUGGAGCAUUGUUUCCCGAAGACUUUGACAUAUUUGUGGACUAUUUGAUGGAAUGUUGGAAGGCAGAGGGAUUUCUACAUAGCAUUGAUUUGUUUCGAGAUGCACGUGAUAAAGGGCACAACAUAUUGCACGAUCUGAUUAAUGUAUCUUUGUUAGAAAAAAGUGCGAUGAAGAGACAUGUCCGAAUGAACAAAGUACUUCGUAAUAUGGCCCUUAAAAUUUCAUCUCAAGUCUUAGACCAUAAGUUCUUGGCAAGAACAUGCGAGGGGCUAAAGGAGGGGCCAAAGGAAGAAGAAUGGGCAUCUGCAAGUCGAAUUUCUUUGAUGGAUAAUGACUUGUGCAGUUUACCGGCAGCACCAAAUUGCACAAAUCUUUCGACUUUACUUUUGCAAAGAAAUUACAAUUUAAUGAUGAUCCCAGAUGGCUUCUUCUUGUCUAUGCAAACACUUAAAGUGUUGGACUUACACGGUACGGCAAUAGCAUCCCUUCCACCUUCUUUGUCUUGCUUGACUGAUCUUAGGGCACUCUACUUGAAUUCCUGCACGCGUUUAAUACAACUACCUUCAAGCUUAGAGGCACUGGUGCAUCUGGAGGUGCUUGACAUACGGCACACCGGAAUCAUCUCUUUACCUAUUCAAGUUGGAAGUUUAACGCGUAUGAGAUGUUUACGCAUGUCAUUGUCAAAUUUUGGUGCCGGAAACCCAGUCUCCAAGGUGAUUUCAAGCAUUUCAUUAUUAGAAGAACUCAUCAUUGAUGUAGACCCAAACACUUUGUGGUCUGAUCAUGUCAUGAGGACCAUCACGGAGGAGGUCUCUACCUUGACACGGUUGACUUCACUAACGUUUUCCUUUCCUAAAGUGGAGUGCCUUGAAAUCUUCGUCAGAUCAAGCCGUCUGUGGAAGGACCUAAGCUUCACAUUUCAGUUUUCAGUCGGUACUUGCAAUUCGGUUAAGUAUCAUAUUCUUGAUUAUUUUGAAUAUGAGUUGUGCAAGUACUUGAAGUACGCAAACGAUGAAGGCAUACAUCCUGUGAUCUCAGAAGUACUCACUCAGACCGAUGUAUUUGAACUGAUUGAUCAUAAGAACAUAUUGAGCUUAUCAGAUUUUGGGACUGAGAACUUGGGUAAACUCAGAGCUUGUUCGGUGGAGGGCUGCAAGGAUAUCAUAUGCAUUAUCGACGGUACUGUAGCAACACCUCGUGCAUUCGAAUGGCUAGAGAGAAUGGUUAUAAACAAUGCCCCAAGUUUGCAUUGCAUUUGGAAGGGUCCCGUGCCUGUGGGAAGCUUAGGUCAAAUGACUAGUUUAACCUUGUGCAAUUGCCCCAAGCUCAAGAAGAUAUUCUCAAAUGGAUUGAUCGAACAACUAUCCGAACUACAACAUAUGAGUGUCGAAGAGUGCUAUGAAAUUGAGGAGAUCAUCCUUGAAACCGAGAAUCCUUGCCUGGACUCGAGAACACUUCCGAGUCUUAAAAAGCUAGUACUUCAUGAUCUUCCGAAAUUAAGGAGCAUUGCGCCGGAUGACUUAUUGAUUUGGCCUUCUCUAGAGAGAGUGGAUAUAGCUUCAUGUCCAUCCUUGUUGAAACUUCCCUUUACUGAGAAAAAUGCUAUCAAUCUAAGGUCCAUUGACGCCGAGCAAUCAUGGUGGUCCACAUUGGUGUGGCAAGACGAUGCCAUCGAGCAAAGAUUUCGGUCUUUUUGUAACUUCAUUUAAUCUUUCUCUAUAGCUCUUUGCUUAUUGUUCAUCUUGUUUGUUGUGAUUGUAAUUAUGUAUUAA